UUUCACUGUAAAUGUAGCCAAGGAAUGUUUGUUUUAUGAAGGUGAAAUAAAGCAAGAUGUUUUAAUCGAUUGCGGUGGAUUCCAGACACAAUCAAAGUGUGUAUACGUUAACCACGCUGCCGAGUGGGAGUGUCGGAUAACCUGCAAAGGACAGAUGGCGCCAAGCUCCUCGACUCAUGCUGGUUUACGAGUGUGUAAUCCCAUCCUCCGCAAAGUCCACUUCUGGAGUGGGUGGGGGGCCAACUGCAUGGCCUGCACCCAGGUAGGGUUGCCACUGCUGGUAAAAACGAUGCCAGACUUCAAUGUUAUUAAUUCCAUAAAAUUAUUCAUGGAAAUAAGAUAUGCUUUUUCAAACUGGAAGAAGAGACGUUUUUAGCAACAAGAUUUGGGCAACCAGGAAAUGUUCUUCCCCCCCCCCAGUAAAAAAAAAACUGAAUUGUAGCGCAAAUGGUGUCAGGUAUUACUGGUCCUCUUUUUCUUCCACAGCAGAAGCUUUGAGCAGAAUAUUGGGAGGGAAGGCUAGCAAAGACCAUCAAGUACAUGUCUUUUUCUGCCCUCUCAGCUGCAAGCAGAAAAAACCCCUAUGCACGGGGUGCAACAGCGACCACCACAACACAUCCUUCCUACAAUAACUCACUGAAGUUUGCUGCGUGUAGCGUCAACGCGCUUAUAGUCGUGUUGUGCGACGUCAUAUUCUCGCGAGAUGAGAUUUGUGACGCCUGCAUUAGCUGUCCGGAACGGGACUUUUAAACAGCGAUCCGGGACUACGGGCUGUGUUAAGAAAAGCGGGACUGUUGGGCGAUUUCCCGUUCACAAACAGAAGUCUCUCAGACUGCAUUGAUGGAUGGAACCACACAGAGAAUACAACUUGUACCAUCUGAAUCUAAUGUUUCUGUACCGCAGAGAAUACAGAUUGUCACAGAUCCACAAACUGGUCAAAAGAUACAGAUUGUAACAGCACUUGAUCAGAGUGGAGUUAGCAAGCAGUUUAUUUUGACCAAUAAUGAUGGCUCACUGCCCAGCAAGGUUAUCCUUGCCAGGCAGGAUUCCAACCAGGGGAAAGUAUUUCUAACAACACCUGAUGCAGCAGGAAUGAACCAGCUCUUCUUUUCAUCUCCAGAUGUUCCUGCACAGCAUAUUCAGAUCCUGUCAGAUACCCAGAGCCUGGAUCAGAAUUUAAACAAACAAUUAGUUGAACUGUGUGUAGUUUGUGGUGAUAAAGCUUCAGGUCGUCAUUAUGGAGCAGUCACAUGUGAAGGGUGCAAAGGGUUCUUUAAAAGAAGCAUCAGAAAAAAUUUAGUAUACACAUGCAGGGGAUCAAAAGACUGUGUCAUUAACAAGCACUACCGCAAUCGAUGUCAGUACUGCCGACUGCAAAGGUGUAUGUCACUUGGAAUGAAACAAGAUUCUGUGCAGUGCGAGAGAAAACCUAUUGAAGUCUCUAGAGAGAAAUCCUCCAAUUGUGCGGCAUCAACAGAGAAAAUCUACAUUCGAAAAGAUUUGCGAAGUCCGCUUGCUGCCACAACUACAUUUGUUACAGAGAACAAAACACCAAGGACAACUAGUUUACUGGAUUCUAGCAUGCUGGUGAAUAUUCAACAAUCAGGAGUUAAAAAUGAGUCAAUACUCAUAACACCCAAUAAGGUAGAAGCAUGUCAGGGGGAUUUAAGCACUUUGGCAAAUGUUGUCACUUCGCUUGCAAAUCUCAAUAAAACGAAUGACUUACCACAGACAAAUACAGAGCUUUCUAUUAUUGAAAGCUUGAGCAAUGGUGAUUCGUCCCCUUCUGAUCUGGCUCAAGAUGAUCAGUCCAGCAGUGAAGUGACCAGGGCAUUUGACACACUGGCAAAAGCACUGAACCAAUCAGAAAAUUCUACACAGGGCUCAUCUGAGUGUUUGGGUUCCAAUGCUAACCUUCUCCAUGAUGUCAAUGUUGAGAUUGAAGGACCACUUUUGAAUGAUGUUCACAUUGCAUUUAGGCUUACUAUGCCAUCACCAAUGCCGGAAUAUCUGAAUGUUCAUUAUAUUUGUGAGUCUGCAUCGCGGUUGUUAUUUCUAUCUAUGCACUGGGCCCGGUCAAUUCCUUCCUUCCAGUCUCUUGGGCAAGAAAACAGCAUCUCUCUGGUAAAAGCAUGUUGGAAUGAACUAUUUUCACUUGGUCUUGCCCAGUGUUCCCAAGUGAUGAAUGUGGAAACUAUAUUAGCUGCAUUUGUUAAUCACCUUCAGAACAGCAUGCAGCAUGAUAAGUUGUCUUCAGAUAAAGUGAAACUAGUUACGGACCACAUUUUCAAAUUGCAAGAGUUUUGCAACAGCAUGGUGAAGCUCUGCGUAGAUGGAUAUGAAUAUGCUUACCUGAAAGCCAUUGCCCUCUUCAGUCCUGAUCACCCUGGACUGGAAAACGUUUCUCAUAUUGAAAAACUUCAAGAAAAGGCUUACAUGGAAUUUCAAGAUUAUGUAACAAAAACCUACCCGGAAGAUACCUACAGACUUUCUCGACUGCUGCUUAGACUGCCUGCUCUAAGGCUGAUGAAUGCUGCCAUCACCGAGGAGCUAUUCUUUGCAGGCCUGAUUGGCAACGUACAGAUUGAUAGUAUCAUCCCUUACAUUUUGCGUAUGGAAACAUCUGAUUACAACUCUCAGAUUAUUGGUCUCGCUGUUUAGUAUCCUUCUCAAGGGAACACAUGGGCUGCAGAAAAUAAGAAGCAUAGUUCCCUGAAAAUCAGAAAUGAGAGAGACUUCAGAUUUUAAAACAAAUUUCUAAUCCCAGCUUUGAAGAAUACCAUCCUUCUUAUGGUAUUAGCUGGUGUGCUGCAAAAUAGUGCCUUUUGGCAUUGUGUGCAUAUAUAAAGAAAUAAAGAGACAUUUCUAUAUUGUUAUUGAGCCUAAUGUCCCACAUUGUCCUGGUCUUUCAAAUGAUACUGAAAGCAGCGCUUUUAUACCUCUUUUUGGAUGAAUAGUAUUAUUUUGCAAAACUGCAAUUUAUCCUGCAACAAUACCAAGUUUUUUCUUUUUAAGAACUCGUGUGGUUAGCCUUAGUUCUUUAAGACAUAGAAUUUACAAGGUGUUUUGCUACAGAAAAGUCUUUUUGUUUUUCUUCAAAUAUCCAGUAAGUUCUUAUGUAAUUGAAAAAUAUUGUUAAUAUUGUAUUAGAUUGAACAUAUUAACUUACAAAGAAAACCCUAUUUUAGAGUAAUUUCUCUCCUUCCUGCAUGGAGUAAAAAUGCAUUACCCAGUUUGUUUCUACACUGUGGCAUUAAUCAUUACACAAGGCAAAAGCAUUGUGAGAAUGUGUAAAUAUGUAACAGAAUCAUUGAUAACAAUGUCAAACAAUGUGAAUCAAGGAACGAAGUUGUUACAUUUUGUGAAGAUUAAAUUAUGAAAAGCAAAAAUAACACUGUAUAUAUGUAGAUAUGCCUACUGUUUUGAUAACGAGACUUGUCUGAACCCUUGCACUCUGUGAUUUGUGUUUUUUUGUAGAAUGCCUUACUCAAAUGGAUGUAUUGGCUUUCAAUUAACUCGUUCACCACCACCACAAUCUGACAUUAUUUGUGUAUUUUUUUGAGACCUGCAAAAGUGAAAACUGAAUGAAAAAAAAAAAGAUAACCUGCCAGGCAACAUAGAAUUUAUAAUACUUGGCAGGUAUAUGGUUAUAUGACUCUUUUGAAUCAAAUGAGUCAAAUGCGGAAUGAAUUUAAAUUAAAAUAAUGUGGUUUGAAACCAAAAUAACGUUAAGUAUAGCAGUGUCAACUAUGGACAAUCUUAGUCCAGCACUGAAAACCUGCAUUGUGCCAAGGUUAUUGAAUACUAAUUAACCAUCCUCUAUGCCAUGAAAUGUGCAGCCCUAUGAUUGUUUAUACCAUUACUUCCUCUUAUGUUGUAUAAUAGCUACUGUAAAUGUUUUGAAUCUUAAUGAAAAUUGUAAAAUCUAUUUUGGCUGUAUUUUUAAGACAGAAACAUAUUGUAUCUUUUUAUUAUAGAAUAAAAUUCCCACACUGGA